GCCCGGGGUUGUUCGGUUACUUGCCUGAUCAUAAUUGCCCCCUAUGCUCGGCUGUCAGGUGCUGAGCGAAGUGACAGUUGAGCACACCAUUUAGCCCCUUGCUGAAGUGUCCAUUCAAUCGCCACAAUGUUCGAGGAAGCCAGUGAGGUGUUUGACAAUAUGUUCAAAUCUUCCUUUCCCCUGACGUUUAUUGUGUUUAUCCCGGCGGUGUUGAUUUUGGUGUCCCCGCUGCCAGCCGAGGCGGCGCAUGAGUUCACGGUGUACCGAAUGCAGCAGUACGACCUCCAGGGACAGCCGUACGGUACCAGGAACUCCAUCCUAAACACUGAGGCUCGCACUGUGGAGGCAGAUGUCCUAAGUCGCCGCUGUGUUAUUAUGCGAUUGGCUGACUUCUCCUUCGACAAGUAUCAGAAAGCUCUACGUCAGUCGGCGGGGGCCGUGGUCAUCAUGCUGCCAAAGAACAUGUCUGCGAUGCCGCAGGACGUACUGCAGCAGUUCAUGGAGCUGGAGCCAGACAUGUUGACCACUGAGACCAUCGUCCCCGUGUACUUCGCCAUCGAGGAUGAUGAGCUUAUGUCCAUCUACACACAAACCCUCACCUCCUCUUCCUCUCAGGGCUCCUUAUCUGCAGCAGAAGUGCUGCUGCAUACAGCCACAGCUAACGGUUUUCAAAUGGUGACCAGUGGCGCUCAGAGCAAGGCGAUCAGCGACUGGGCCAUCACCAGCCUAGAGGGUCGCCUCACUGGAGUCGGAGGAGAGGACCUCCCGACUAUCGUUUUAGUGGCUCAUUAUGACUCCUUCGGUGUCGCUCCAUGGCUGUCGUACGGCGCCGACUCAAACGGCAGUGGCGUGUCCAUGCUGCUGGAACUGGCUCGUCUCUUCUCCAAACUCUACACCUACAAGAGGACACACGCUGCAUACAACUUACUUUUCUUUGUUUCGGGGGGUGGAAAGUUUAACUACCAAGGCACCAAGCGCUGGCUGGAGGACAAUCUGGACCACACAGAUUCCAGUCUGCUGCAGGACAACGUAGCCUUUGUGAUGUGUUUGGACACCGUGGGAAACGGAGACUCUCUGCACCUCCAUGUCUCUAAGCCUCCUAAGGAGGGAACUCCUCAGUAUUCUCUGCUCAAAGAGCUGGAGAUGGUGAUAUCUAGUCAGUACCCAGAGGUCAAGUUUUCCAUGGUCCACAAGAAAAUCAACUUAGCCGAUGACAUGCUGGCCUGGGAGCACGAGCGCUUCGGGAUCCGCCGUCUGCCCGCCUUCACUUUGUCUCAUCUCCCCUCGCACCGCUCAGUUCAGCGCUCCAGCAUCAUGGACGUGCGGUCAGUGUCCUUCUCCUCUCGCCACGGAGCGGGAGAGCCCCCUUCUGGGCCUCAUGUCGACGUAAAGAGACUCGGCAGGAACACAAAGGUGGUUGCAGAAGCUUUGGCUCGAGUCAUCUACAACCUCACAGAAAAGGGGGCUCCUGGAGACCUGCAGAUUUUCACUGAGCAAAUGCAGGUGCAGGAGGAGCAGCUGUCGGCAGUGGUGGACUGGCUGACCGCGCAGCCCCGCGCCGCACAGCUGGUGGACAAAGACAGCAGCGUCGUCUCCACGCUGGAGUACCAUCUGGGACGGUAUCUCAAAGACGUGAAGAGACAUUAUGUCAAAGCCGACAAAAGAGACCCAGAGUUUGUGUUUUACGACCAGCUGAAACAGACCAUGAAUGCUUACAGAGUGAAGCCUGCUAUUUUUGACCUGCUGCUGGCUGUCUGCAUUGCAGCCUAUUUAGGGAUGAUGUAUCUGGCUAUCCAGAACUUUGGAGUCCUGUACGGGAUCGUCCGCAGACUCACCCAGCCCAAAACAAAGACCCACUAAGGAGUGUUCUUCCUCGUACUGUGCUCCUCUCCUCAAAUCAAAACACUGAUGCUGGACUGAAACCAGCAGUUACUUCCAUGUCCUUCACCCCGCUGCACAAACGACAGCGUCCCAUCCCGACUUGCUGCCAGUCUCACCCACGAUGACCCGUCUGCACUCGUGUGACCCCUCACUUCCUGUGUUCUGUUGAUGUGGCAGCAGGGUGGGAGGGGCUUUUAUUUUUUUAUACAAAUCGAUUCUUCUGACACAAACAAGCGUUUACAGAAAGGUGAACUGUGAAAACGGGCUGGAAUACUUCUUAUUCCUGCACCUCUUAAUAAGGAUUUUCCCACUCGGUGUUGAUUUGUUUUUGGGUAAUCGUCCUCCAUGUUGCUGUGCGUUCUUUUUACUGCGUUAUCCUCUGAUUAGGAAAAACACUGAUGGUCACUUUGUGGGCAGGCUUCAGAAGAUCACAACCUUUUUCUUAUCUAGGUUGCAAAAGUCCUUUUGAGUGUCUUAAGUCUUUUUUUUAUCUGUUAUUGAAACACCGGGGGUCCUAAAAAUGAUUAUUUUUGUGAUACGGCGUUGCCUUGACCUUUUCUUGCAGUGUUUUUUUGUACAUGCACGACCCCUGGACCCAGCCACGUCAGUAGUGGUGACAUGGUACACUUAAAUCCUUAUUUAUUGGAGGAGUUUGCUUCCUCUGGAGCCUGCCUUCUGUGACUCUGCAAAGGAAAUGAUUCUGUUUGUGAUUUAAAAUAAACGAUGGACAAUUAAAAAAACAAUAAACACCAGGAGAGAA